AUGAAGGGUGUGAGAUCUUUUCUUGGCCAUGCUGGGUUUUACAGGCGUUUCAUCAAGGACUUCUCCAAAAUCAGUCGUCCCUUGUGCAACCUGCUAGCCAAAGACGCCAUUUUUGAGUUUGAUGAUUCAUGUUUAAUUUCUUCUAACAAUUUAAAAAAGCUUCUUACUUCUACUGCUUUUAUCACAGCUCCAAAUUGGAGUUUACCUUUUGAACUGAUGUGUGAUGCUUCUGACUACGCAAUAGGUGUCGUUCUUGGUCAACAAAAGGAAAAGCUUUUACAUGUGAUUCAUUAUGCAAGUAGAACAUUGAAUGAUGCACAACUCAAUUACUCAACCACUGAGAAGGAAUUGCUUGCCAUAAUCUUUGCUUUGGAGAAGUUUAGAUUUUAUCUCGGUGGAUCUAAAGUCAUAAUGUAUUCUGACCAUGCUACUCUGAAGUACCUAAUGACAAAGAAGGAUGCCAAACCUAGACUCAUUUGA